GAAAAUGACGUCACAGCCUCAUUAUGGCGGUAGAUUUACUAUUUCGAUUCAUAUGAGAAAACAUCAGAUUAGUGAAUAUCUUGGAGAUAAAUGGAAGUGACAAACCUUCAAAUAUGGAAGGACCUAAAAGACUCCAGUUCACGACUCUGGGGCCCCCGGGCAAGCAGGAAAAGAAAGACGUGACCCCCAAAACUCACCGGUUUAAUUUGGACAUACCAGAGUCAACGGACACCACAUGCCCGGAGUUUUUCUACACGGAGUUACUGAAAACGAUCCCGGGAACUGAAGAAAAGCCAAAAUCAGAUGAUCCAUUUGAUGAUGAUGAUGCAGACAAGCUUGCUGCCAUUGCGAGAGGCUUUGAAGAAAAGUAUAAUAAACCUAUCACGGGGAAGAAGAAGAAGAAGAAAUGGCAAGACAAUUAUUACCUGGAACAGUUGGGAGAGGGUUAUGAUGAAAAUGAUACAUUCAUUGAUAACUCAGAAGCUUAUGAUGAAGUGCUACCGGAAACCAUGACAACCAAACUUGGAGGUUUUUACAUUAACUCUGGGCGUCUCGAAUUGAAGGAAAUGUCGGACUCUUCAGAAGAUGAAUUUAGAUCUCCAUUGCCUGUGAAGAAAAAUAAGAAGCGGAGAAUUUCAUCUGAUGAGGAUUCUGAUGGAGAGAAAGUGGUCAAGAAAAAGAAGAUGAAGGACACACUAUCAGUUGAUGGUGAGGUUAAAAAGAAGAAAAAGAAAAAGCUGAUAGUUCCACCAGGAGAGAAGCCCAUCAAGAAAGUCAAACUGAAAGAUAAGGUGAAAGAUGGAAAAUCAAAUGCUGUCAGUGCAUUGAUAAAAACCACAUCUCCGAACCUUAAUGGUGACAGUGUUGAAAAUGGGGUCAUCAGUUCUGACAGUGACGAAGAUGACGAGGUAAAAAGUCAGAUGAAAUCCAACAUCUCCAUGGUGAUAGAUUCUGUUGUUGCCAUGGCAGCAAAUGAUUCCAACAGCCGUGGAGAAUUUGAAGAUUCAAUGCCAAAAAAAGACAUUGAUCCAGAGAGCAUUCCAAAACUUCCUCUCACUUUGCCAUCUGGAAUGGAGGAAAAGAUUGAGCAGUUGAAAAAUCAUGCAAAGGAAACCAGAGAUGGCAAGUGCAAGUUCUUUACAGAGAAUGUCAACAAACUUUUACUCGAAGUAGAGAUGGCUUCCAAACAGAUGACUGUCAGUAACAGGUCAGCCAUGUUUGGUCACCUUGCAGCAUUCUUACCCUGCAGUAAGGAAACAUUGCUGAAACGUGCCAAAACAUUACGUGUCAAAGAACUAGAGGACAAAAUUAAAGAGCCAUUGGAUAAACUCAAGGAAGCUGUAAACAGAAUAAUGCCAGCGCUGAUAGAAAAGUAUGAAGAGGAUUGUAAAAAGGUUGCACUGGAAAAACUUGAAGAAGUUAAUAAGGAAACUCCAAAAGAAGAGAAAGAGAGGGAAGGUGGAAAAGAAGAUGCUGCAACUGAAAGCGAUGAAGAUGAGAAAACAAAUCAGUCUGAUACAGCUAAGAAACGUCAAACUGGACCAAGAAAAAAGUUUGUCUGGGAUGCUGAAGUUAGGUCCUUGUUAUGUGAUGUUGUCCGUGUUAAGAUGCAUACAUAUAUGAUGUCUAAGGGAAAAUCACAAACAGCAGAGGAGUUUUGUAAAGCCUUCCUAGAGCAAGAUGUCCGCCCAAUCUGGCCCAAAGGCUGGAUGCAGACUCGCGUUCUCUACAAGGAAAGCAAAGCUGCCCAUUCAUUGUGGACCAAUCCACAAAAGGCAAAGAAACCAUUAUUAGUAAGCAAGGCACAAGCUGUGUCUGCUUCAAACCAGAUCUCAAAAUCACCGAAUACGCCAGUGUCUUCUAUAUCAAAUUCAGCAAAGAUGCCAUAUGUUAAUGUGUCCAAACUUAACUCAGGAAGUAAUGUUUUAAAAACUAUGAGUGCCAGUCUAAACAGUGCUAAACCGGUAAUCAAUAGCCAAAGCACGCCAACUGCACCUCCAAAAAAAGUAAUGUCAACAAUACUCGACUAUGCGAACAGUUCUACUGAAACUGCUGGUGUGUUGCCGAUUAGUGCUUCCUUAAUAAGAAGCUCUUUACAAGGAAGUACAGAAAAGCCUUCUCCUUCAAUGAUAAAAAUCAGUGACGUGAAAUUACCAGGAACAAAGCAGACAGAUAGUUCGUGGGACCAUAUGGUCUCUGAUAUUUUAAGGUCUUCGAUCGGUGGUGAACAGCCUAGAGAAAAAUCGCCUCCAAAACCAGUGAUACAAAGACAAAAUUCUAAUAAUACUCCGCAAGCAGCUAGUGGAUACAUGGCCCAGUUUGCGAAAUAUGUUCAUACUCAAGACACAGCCACACCGAAACAAAUCUCGCCUACUGGUAAUCAGAAAUUAACUGAUACACAAUUGAUGUUAAAUGAACAACGUAAAAAACUUGCACAUCAACAGAAAAUGCAUCUUGAGGCAGAGAAACAACGUCAAAUUAAACUACUGACGGCACAAAAAAUGGAACUAGAGGAAAAAGGAAAGCAGUAUACUCAGAAAAUUGCUAUGCAACUGGCAUCUCAGAAAGCUGCCUUUAUGCAGACGGCAAAAAGUGAUGAUCAACCAAAAAUGCCCAGUCAAAGUCCAAUGAGUUUAGCAAUGUCUAAAAACAUUCCAUUAGGUCAAGGUAGUUCCAGAAAACAGUUGACUGGUCAGUUUAAAGAAGGAAAUGGCCAGCAUAAACAUUUAAGUGAUAAUUUGAUAAGAAAGCAGUUAAAUGAAAGUAGCCAAGGGAGUUGUAUGUUACAACAGGUUAAAGCCAUUCAAAAACAGUCUAGCGGUCAUUAUGUGCAGGUAUCUCCAACCUCCGAUUCUCUCAGGAAAACUUCACCCCAGUCACAGACUGUGAAAAUUACCCAUAAUUCAUCUCAGGGCAAAACAGGAAGUCCUCAUAUUGUGACCUUGCACAGUUCACAAAGUCAAGGUCCAGUUUUGUUCAAUCCAGCAGGGGUAACCGUAACUACCAACAGCCGCCCGGCUUCAAGUUUGCUCAAGUCUCUUUUUGGACAAGCACAGGCUCAAACCAGUAGCCCUAAUUUUCCAGGACCAAGUAUCCAAAGGUCCCCAAACCAAGGAACUCCAAGCCCCAAGGUUACCUCUUCCCUAGGACAAACUCAACAUGGAUGGAGUCCGAACUCAUCAAUUCAGGAGUUGCAGGCCAGAUUACAAAGUGCCGCCGGAAUGCAGACAAAACCUUACACAAUGCCAGUAACCAGCCCACAAGCAGUUCCAGGGUACCAGAGUGUCAAAUUGUCCAGUCUGACACCAGAACAGUUACAAUCAUACCAAGCAGUACAGCAGCUGCGCAGGCCUACAUAUAAUAAACAAAUGUCAACUCCAGGUUCUCAAAAUUCUUCAGAUCUACAACACUAUAAUAGUUUACAUCAUUAUGGUUACCAUGGCUACCGAGAUGGAAGCAAAUAGAAGAUUGUACGACAUGGACACGAUAUUGGCAUGGAAGAGACAGAGAUUUUUUGUGGAAUAGAACUACAUGUAUUUUCCUUACGAAAUCCUUACUUAGCCAGAAAGAGAUUUGUUUCCUGUCAGGUUAUCAGUUUCAACCUUCAGUUUUGAAGAGUCAUUAAAUUGAGUAUCAGCUUUUGAAGUGCAUGUACCAGUACACAAAAAAGGAGUUUGCAAAACAAACAAAAACAUGUUUUGUUAAUUUUUGGUUUUAAAGAAAUCAGAUGCUGCAUAUCUCAACAGAAACUUUAAUUCAAUCCUUACCGCAGAAAAAUUAUGUCAGUUUUUUUCUGUUUUAGGACCAGUUUGGUACUUUCUGUUCAACAUUUUCCUUUUGAUACUUUCUGUGGAAAGGGGUCCUUUCGAUAUAUUCUGUUUGGUAAUGGUUGAAUUUUCGGAUAUCAUAUGUCCCUCCAAGCUGGUUCAUGUGUAGCUAAAUAUCUAUAUUAAGUUUUAAGUAAUUAUACUCGAGAUAUUUAAAGUGCUUUUCGUUGCAUAAGUGCGUAUUAAUGUGUCAAAUUCGUGUCCAGUUAAACACAUAUAUGAAAUUUCAUGGCCUUCUGAACAAGAUAAAUGUGCUAUUCCGACACUGUAUGCAUAGAUAUUAGUUUGUGUCAUGCAAGAUCAAAAUAUCUUUCACCAAGUGAACACCAGAAGCAAUGUUUUUAGAUGUGAUAAUGUAAGAUGUGGUGUUACCGUGUAAACGAGUGAUAAAUAUUUUGAUUUUACAGUUAAAAAAAGUUUUCUUUUAGUUUUAACUAAAUUUAAACCAUUUUAUAGUUUUUUAACUACAGAGCUUGGGUUGAAAUUCCGAGUAUGCCAAAAUUUCAUAUAAAUAAAUAACACCCACUUGAACUAACGCUUUCUGUUCUUGAGUUCUGAAGAUGUGAAUUUUUAUUUUACCAAAAACAAAACAAAAACUUUUGUGAUUUUAAGAUUUUUUGUUUAAGCAAAAACUUUUUAAAAAUCACCAACCACAAUACUCGAGAUAUUUUUCACUGAAAAUACCAGAUACAUUUAAGUCUAAUAUUCCAAUAAUUCACUGUAAAGCUUGUAACUAAUAAUCAAAAUUGCAACAUGGCAAACGUUUUUGUUUUAUUGAUUACAAAUCCUUUUUGUUUAUGAAAAUCAGGUGCUAGUGUUUGUGAUCGCUAAUUACAAUGUAGAAAAAAACUUAAGCAGAAAACGUCGUAUAAGAAAAUGCACCAAGGCCAGAAAUUCAAGAACGUCUAAUCUUCAGAAGGGAUAGUCUUAACACAAAGCAAGUGCUUUCAGCUGAUUUUUACUAAGUAAACAGUGCUUAAUUCACAGUAAUUAGCUUUUAUGCCAUUAUUUAUUUAACAUUAAAUGCCAGUAUUUAUUUUCAUCCAUCAGAGAUUUUCAUCAUAGUCCCCACCACAAACAUGCUAAAUAUUCCAUAAGGAAACAAGAUUAAUGAAACUUUGCAUAAAUAUUCAUUCUGCAGCUCUGCAAAAUUUUGUUAAUAUAGAUAUGCUAUACACAAGUGAUGACAUUAUGAAAAUGUGCCCUUCUUUUAUUUUAAAGUUUCAGACUUAAGAAAUUGAUGAAUAUUGACCCGGGAAACCAUGGUAGGGAUGUAUUCAGGUACAUCUUGCACUGAAUGUACAGAGCGAUAUAUAUAAGUAUAUCCUACUGCUGAUAAAAAAUGUAUUGGGUAAUCUAGUAUGAUUAUAUAUAAGCAGGUUUUUCUUUUUUGAUUGAAGGAAACCUCUACACUUACAAUUUUGGUCACAUAUAUCAAGAUCAGGUAUGCAGACCUGCAGCAAUCAUGAAAUUAUGUUGCAUUUUUCCAUUUACUGAUUGAAAAAUGUUAAUUGUGUUUGAUUGUACUUAGUACAUGUGCUGUUUUGUCACUCUCUAUUUUGUAUGCAUGAGAAAGUGGUUGAAAACUGUAUUUAAAGUUUAUAUUUAAACAAAUUUUCAAAUUUACUGUUAUAAACUUCCUGUGUUAUACACACUUUUCUAGUUGCAAAUAAAAUGUAGAAAAGAA